AUGGCCAGCGGGCGCGAUGAGUGGGUCUCGAUGAAGGCCUACAUGAAGAGAGAGGGCAAAAAGAAGUUCAAGAUAGCACGAGACUCAUGGCUUGAAAGCUCAUCGACCUCGAUCGAGAAGAUUACUUCCAGCAAGAAUACUGAAAAUGCAGCGUCAACAGUAGAGCCGACUCAGGGGCAGGGAUUUAUCUCGCAUGCAAAUGCCCACUUUCAAUACGAUUCUCUUCCCGGAGAGGGUUUCAUCAGGCUGCUCGCCAUUCUGCCAGAUUCUGGUGACGAGGCGAUUCAGCUCCAACUGUCCACCGUCGUGAUGGACGACUCUCUUGGGAGUUACGAGUCUUUGAGCUAUGUCUGCCCGAGUAAGGAGGAUCACGGGCUCAGGAUACGCAUCUGUUUUUUUCUCAACUCAGGUACCUCUGUCGACGAUGGUAUCAUUCCCUAUCUGUCCAUCAAGUCUCUACAGAUGAAGGCCAAGGAUCCCAGGGACAAGAUAUACGCCAUAUUCGGCAUCAUCAAAGCUGUCCAAAAGACAAGACCCGCCUCGGAUCCUGUGCACAGCAUCUCGAUCGACCCGGACUAUACCAACCCAGUGGUCUACGUCUACAGAAUGCUUACACAACAGCUUGUAGAGACAUUAGAGAGCCUGGACGUCCUGGGCGUUUGUCCACGGUCCACGCGGAGGGGCCUUCCGUCGUGA